AUUGAUAACAAAUGUCAUAAUUAUCAGUGACAUUAUGUAGUGACACUGACAUUACUCAGUGCUUAAAAUCCAUUAAAAGAGGCACCCACUGUGGUUUUGUUUUAAAAGAUAACGAAAAAUACAUUUAUAGUUUUAGAUUAAGGCAAGGAAGGAAAAUAUAAUAAAGAAAAAUGAGCGGAAUGGCACGAAAAUUUCUAAAUCAUCUUAAAAGCAAAGAAUUUAGAGAAUAUUUGAUGAGCACACAUUUUUGGGGUCCGGUGGCAAAUUGGGGAAUACCUUUAGCUGCUAUUGCUGAUACAAGAAAGGAUCCUAUCUUUAUAAGUGGCAAAAUGACUCUUGCUCUUUCGAUAUAUUCACUCAUGUUCAUGAGGUUCGCCUGGAAAGUCCAACCCCGUAACCUCCUGCUCUUCGCUUGCCACUUCACGAAUGAGUGCGCACAGCUAACACAGGGUGCUCGCUUCGUCAACUACUAUUAUAUACAGGGCGAAAAGAAGACGAACGAAGACAAGUCUUAACUAGAAAAAGUAGACAUGUUUUAUAUAGUAGACAAUUAUAGGUUCAAUAAUUUUGUUCAAAAUGGCCACAACGUUUUUUAAUAUAAAUAUAUGCAUAUCACUGUGAUGUAAAAUGUAUGAAUAUUUGCUCUAUUGAGGUAAUUAAAGUUAUAUUUAUAGACCUUGCCAAGUUAGAAAUAGCCAAAUAAAUAUAAAUUCAUGUAGAUUUAUAUAAAUAAUAUAUAAUGCACAAUGUUACCUAAUACUAUAUAAGUAUUUCAAAUUUAUAUAAGCAGUAGAGCGCUCUCAAAACUUAAUAUAAUAAGGCACAAAAUUAGAAACGCAAUUUUAUAAUGAAUCUUGAAUAUUUAUUAAUGUUGAUAAAAUAUAGAUUUUUCUUUUAUUUAUAUUGAUAUUUUAAACGAUCAAAUAUGUUUUAAUGAAAUUCGUGCAUGAGAAAUUUUUUUAUUACAAUAUUGUACCGUUAGUCUCUACACCGAACCGAUUAAUCGGAUUAAAAAAUAUGUUUGAUGAAUGUAUCAUCAAACAUAGUUCUUUAAUUCUAUUUCCGGUUGAAGAUGGCGUUUUAUUGUAUAGCGUUUCUGAACGGGGUACAGUCCAGACUAUUGUACUUUCAAAUAAAACAUUAAGUAGGCAGUUACAAGCACUGUUGUACUGUCAUUUUUACACACAAGAUUAAAAAAGUAAAGUUACCACCGGUUUCUUAAUGUCGAUGUAUAACCCGGCACCGGUAAAAUACUCUGUAGUUAUUCUUUAAAUUAAAAUACAUACGGAGAUACGGUAAUUAAUAUAAAUGUUAACUAAUAAAAUAAAAUAAACCAAAUUCAGCCAAAACUGAAAAUGUAUUUAUUCAAAUAAAUUAUGCAUUUCGAUUUUGGUUAUAAAUAAAAAUAAUUAAUGAAAUUUAAUUUAAUUUUAUAUAUAUUUUAAACUAUAUAUGUAUAUAUGUAUGUAUAUUUUUUAUUUUAUUUAAUCUGCAUUGACAAUUUAUUAAUCCCUGUUGUUAUUUCUAAAAUUCGUAAUAAAAAUAUAUUUGAGUCUUAAAUCUUACAUAUAGAGUUUAAAUUCGCAUAUAAUAUAGUGUAUUAUAAAAAAUACAUAGUCACCUCUCUGACGGAGAGUAACUUGUUUUAAACUAUAUUGAAAUUUGAACUCUAUAGCUUAGAAAAUAAAGUCUAUUAAGUUUAACUUGGGUAUGAAAUGUUUGGCGUUGUGGCCAUAUUAUAUGUGACAUCGCUGUUUAUGUACAAAAGUAUAUUUUUCGAAUAUUUAUUGUGAUCAUGUCGAUUUAAUUAUACUCUAUUGUUGAUCUGUU